UCACUAGUUUUAGUAUAAACGGUGUAGCUACUACCCGUUUUCUCUCCUUCGUACACCCAGUAGCUUCCAUUUUUUCCGGCUAAACUGAAUCAUCAAAUUCAUCAAGCUAAAGGCAGACCAGCCCAAAUCCUCAAAUAGAGCUUGUACUCUGAACUCUCUGAGGUGUGCCAUUCUUGACGAUCUCAUUUCCAGAAAUGAGUGUUGUGAAGCAAAGGAUACUACCGAACCACCCUUGCAAUGCAGAACUGGAGGUGGACAAGAUCAGCAACUUACCAGCACAGAUUGUUGACAAGAUUUUGUCUCAUUUGUCACUUAGAGAUGCUGCGAGGACAAGUGUCUUAUCCAGUAAAUGGAGAUAUAAAUGGGUUACUCUUCCAAACCUUGUAUUUGACAAUCAAUCUCUUUUGAUCUCUUCCCAAGACCAAACCUUCAUAAAAAAUAAGAUAGUAAACAUUGUUGAUCAUGUUCUCUUACUUCAUUCUGGUCCCAUACACAAGUUCAAGCUUUCUCACCGGGAUCUUCAAGGGGUGUGUGAUAUUGAUAGAUGGAUUCUCUUUCUAUCAAGAGGUUCUGUGAAGGAAUUUAUUCUUGAAAUAUGGAAAGGACACCGCUACAAACUCCAUUCUUCUAUAUAUCUUUGUCAAAAGUUGAUCCACUUGGAGUUGUUUAAUUGUCUUCUAAAGCCUCCUCUCUCAUUCAGUGGCUUUAGAAGCUUGAAAAGCCUCGAUCUUCAGCACAUCACCAUGGAACAGGAUGCAUUCGAGCACCUUGUAUCGAGCUGCUAUUUACUUGAGCGGCUUACACUAAUGAAUUUUGAGGGUUUCUCUGAUCUUAAAAUCCAUGCACCAAAUCUCCUCUUCUUUGACAUUGGAGGCGUCUUUGAAGACAUCAAUUUUAUGGACACAUUCAAUCUUGCCAUCGUUUCUAUUGGGUUGUAUGUUAAUCCUGGAUUUGACAGAAAUCUUACUCUAGGCAGUGCUGGAAAUUUGGUAAAGUUCUUUGCUCAUUUGCCUCGUAUUCAAAGGCUCGAAGUACAGAGCUUUUUCUUGAAGUAUCUGGCUGAUGGUAAGGUACCAGGAAGACUACCUACACCUUGUAACGAGCUUAGUUUUCUUUCGAUACGCAUAAAUUUCAACCAUUGCGAAGAGUGUCUGGCAGCACUUUGCCUUCUCAGAAGUUCCCCUAACCUACAAGAGCUCGAGCUGUUGGCACGUACAGACGAACAAAUUGCUCUGAGAACAGUGGCCAGUGUUAUGGAAGAGAAUUAUCAGAAUUGUAUGUUUAAUCAACUGCGGCAUGUUAAAAUUUCUGGUAUUUCUGGCGUAAAACAAGAGCUGAACUUCAUCAAUUUUCUGCUUGCAAAUUCACCCAUUCUUGAAAGGAUGACAGUUAAGCCCGCGUCAGUUGAUGGUGCAUGGGAGAUGUUAAAAGAGUUGCUUCGCUUCAGGAGAGCUUCAGUACAAGCUGAAAUUGUGUACCUUGACCCUUAAUCGGUAGCAUGUCAAAGCUAGAGAGCUUAAGGCCUAGUAAGAUAUAUGCGUUUCAAGUAUGGAACUUGACUAUAUUAGUUUAGCAUAUAUAUAAUGUAGAAACUGCACUAGGUUGUCUAAUGACACAGAUGUUAAGAUGAAAGCACCAACAUGAUAGGCCGAGGUAUUGGAAACAGAAAGAUGUUUCAUACUCUGUGGUGCUGAAAACUCAUUAUCUUGUUUGGUCAGUAUGUGUACUUCAAUGUCCCCGUGAAGUCUUUAAAUUUCUGAACAGUUCUAGUUGUUAAGAGGA